GUCGAAACUGAUUCUGUAAGGUCGAUCGGGCCGGUCGAAUGGAUUCGAGCGUUAGCGCAGCUUUGUUUGCUGGUGAGCUUCGUCCUGUUAAGACUGUGCUUGUUCCGUAUUAGUUUCCUUCCUCUAAACUCGAAGUAUCGAGUAGUCCACCUUUAUAUGUGAUUUUUAAUCGUGAUAAAUUUGGUGGAAGUCUUUUUCCGUCGAAGAGGUAGUACUUCCGGAAACAAAUUGUUUAAUAUUUUAAUUAACAACUACUUUUUAAUUGCAUUUUUAUAAGUCGAAGGUACACAGGAGUUUGACAUAGUCAAAUAGAAAGCCCUGCCGAUUGCAUAUCAUAUUUUUGACACUGUUUUAUUUGACGUUAAAAGAAAAUAGGGAAGAGUUGACAAGCACAUACAUGUAUAUAUGCGAUACUGAACCACGUGCGCAAUACGUCAAGAGUUUCAUCGAGUUGCUACGUGCACGUUAACAAGAUCCUUAGGGCGACUCCGUACCCUCGACUCCCGGUGCUCAUGGGGUGACCACUUGCAGAAGAAGUUUUACCAAUUAUACUGAACUGAGCACUACCCUUUCGUAGGUAGGUAUCAGAAACAAAAAACAUGCUGACACAUCUGUUCGAAAUUCACGGCCGGUUUUGUGCUGGGCACCCCCUAGAAGUAAUUGUGACGACCUUCACACUCACAGCAUGCAUUCUGAACAUGGAGACCGGAAGUGGAUAUCCUCGAGAUAGUAGAACUCUUCCUUUGGCUUUACAUUGUCGGCCCGGUAGAUGUAAUUUGGAUGACCUAAAUGCAGCUGAUAUUAUAGUCAUGACUAUAAUACGAUGUCUAGCUAUAUUAUUCACCUAUCAUCAGUUUCGCAAUUUACAAAAAUUGGGUUCAAAAUAUAUUUUAGGUAUUGCCGGCCUAUUUACAGUAUUUUCUAGCGUUGUGUUCACGUCCAGCGUAAUGAAUUUCGGACGCAGUGAUAUUUCUGAUUUAAAGGAUGCAUUAUUCUUCUUCUUGCUUGUUAUCGAUCUUUCGAAAGCCGCUAUAUUAGCACAAUUGGCUCUAAGUUCCAGAAACAAAGAAGAAGUACGAGCAAAUAUUGCUCGCGGCAUGUCGCUCUUAGGACCAACUAUUACGUUAGAUACUUUAGUAGAAACUCUACUUAUUAGCAUAGGGUCUUUAUCCGGUGUCAAAAGAUUGGAAAUCCUGUGCAGCUUCGCUUGUUUAGGUGUUAUUGUAAAUUAUAUCGUUUUUAUGACAUUUUAUCCUGCAUGUUUAUCACUUAUUCUCGAGCUUUCUCGUGAAACUAAUGCUAUGAAACCGUUAACUGCCGAUAAGAUUUUUAUAAUGCAUCCAUUAAACGAAGAGGAUCAAAAGCCGAAUCCGGUAGUAGAACGUGUUAAAUUGAUUAUGAUUGCUGGCCUAUUUGUGGUACACGCUAACAGUCGCUGGUCUUUCAGAAGUGACAAAAGCGAACCUACUGUAGAAAGAGAAGUAUCUUCCGCGAAUUCACAUGUCGUAGUGAAUUCUUAUAACAAGACAGAGAAUUCAUCCGAAGUGAAGAAUUAUUUAAUGAAUUGGUUGUCAGUCAGUGCUGAUAAUAUCGUGAUAUUGAUACUCCUUCUUGCGCUCGCAGUUAAAUUUAUUUUCUUCGAAGAUAAAGGAGACAUCGCUAAACAAUUACGAUCCAAAGUAGAAGACGAUACAGAAGAAAAAGUUGAAAAUGAAUGUGUGAAAGGAAAAGAAAAUGAAAGUGAAGAUGUGAAUGUACUUAGCAUCAAGCUGCCAUUCAAGCAAAACUUUAGUAGAAUGCAAAGUAUCUCUUUUCUUUCUAACAUACAUAAUUGGAGCGAUGACAAGGAAGACCAAAUAGACGAAAAACAAUGUAAUAUAGAUAAGCGGGACGAUAAAAAUCUGCCUCCAGAAUCGAAAGUUCCUAGGUCCUUAAAAGAAUGUCUCGAAAUAUACAAAUCUGAUCUUGGAGCAAGUGGGCUAACGGACGAGGAAAUAAUUCAAUUAGUGAAGAAUAAGCAUAUAGCCGCGUAUCAGUUAGAGAAAGCAGUUGGUGACAUGGAGCGAGGUGUUGGAAUCAGACGUCUUAUAAUUGGAGAGGCGGGAAAAUUUCUCGAUACUCUCCUCGAUUUACCGUACAAAAAUUAUGAUUAUAGUAAAGUAUUAGGAUCCUGUUGUGAGAACGUUAUAGGAUAUGUGCCUGUACCGCUUGGAAUUGCUGGCCCACUAUUAGUCGAUGGUGAAUUAUAUCAUAUACCAAUGGCUACAACAGAGGGAUGUUUAGUAGCAUCUACAAAUCGUGGUAGUAGGGCAUUGUUAAAAUGCGGUGUAACAAGCCGCGUAGUUGCUGAUGGAAUGACUAGGGGACCAGUUGUGAGGUUUCCAAAUAUCGUUAGAGCAAGUGAAGCUAUGGCAUGGAUGCAAGAUCCUGAAAAUUUCAAAGAAAUGAAGGAGAAUUUUGAUUUAACUAGCAGAUUUGCAAGGUUGACGAAGAUUCACAUACGCAUUGCUGGCAGGCAUUUGUUUAUUCGUUUUGUGGCUACUACUGGUGACGCUAUGGGUAUGAAUAUGUUGUCUAAAGGUACUGAAAAGUCAUUGAACACGGUAAAGGAACAUUUCCCCGACAUGGAAAUAUUAUCGUUAAGCGGUAAUUUUUGCACGGAUAAAAAACCAGCAGCAGUAAAUUGGAUUCAAGGUAGAGGUAAAAGUGUUGUUUGUGAAGCAGUGGUCCCUGCAGAUAUUGUUACUAAUGUGCUGAAAACAUCAGUUCACGCAUUAGUUGAUGUGAAUAUAAGUAAAAAUAUGAUUGGGUCCGCCAUAGCUGGCAGCGUAGGUGGUUUUAACGCGCACGCUGCAAAUAUUGUAACCGCAAUUUUUAUCGCUACGGGUCAAGAUCCUGCACAAAAUGUUGGAAGUAGCAAUUGUAUGACUUUAAUGGAACCAUGGGGAGCAGAUGGUUCAGAUCUGUAUGUAUCCUGUACAAUGCCCAGCAUAGAAAUUGGUACUAUUGGAGGUGGAACUGGUCUUCCUGCACAAGGAGCAUGUUUGGCUAUGUUAGGUGUUCAAGGUGCACAUACUGAUCAACCUGGUGAAAAUGCUAGUAGAUUAGCUAGAAUAAUAUGCGCCACAGUACUUGCCGGCGAAUUAUCAUUAAUGGCUGCUCUUACAGCUGGUCAUUUAGUCAAAAGUCAUCUUAGGCACAACAGAUCAUCUACCGCAGUAACAAAUGCGAUAAGUACUCCCCAAGAUACUACAGGAAUUAAACUGUCUGUGCCAAAUAUGUUACUGCCUGUACAAAAUGUAUGUAAGGAGUUCAUAGAGAAGUCUUAACAUUAAUGCUAUAUAAAUGAGUUCAUCUUAAUCUGUACCUAGAAUACCUUGUAUUGAACGGCUGGUUAUAUGUAAUAUGUAAUAUUUUUUGUGUACAUGGAAGAGCAUAAACCAAAAAACUAAAUGACUAAUAAUUUGAACAAAAGUGCAACGAUAGAAAUUUUGAAUCAAAUUCAAGAAUGGAUCAAAUAUGCUAAAAGUUUGACUUUGUUGGAAAUAGGAUAGUAUUUUAAAUGUUAUGAAAUAUGUAUACUUAAUUUACAAUGAAAUAUAAAGUUGACAAUGUUUGUAUGAAGCUAAUAUGGUGAAAUGAUUAUUUUUUUGUAGAAAUAGUUAUAUUUUUACAUAGUAGAAUAUUAAUAUUUAGCUGUAGUGACUUAGCUAGAUUAUCAUUCAAAACAUGUAGAAUAUUCAAAGUACAAUCAAAUUGUUUUCCAUAAUUAAGAAAAGUAUAUAUAUAUAUAUCAUUACAGUACUAUAACACAAAUAAAAAUUAUUAAUUAUAUUUCUCGUUUUUAACUAGUUAAAUGAUAGAAACACUAGGAAUACAUUAUGAUGUAUAAACUUUUAUUAGUACAAAAAAUAAAUUUCAAUUGAAAAUUAAA